GACCUGUGGUGAACCUGAGCUGGUUCUGUCUGUCAGACUCUGUAGGACCCAGCGGAAAAGAGCUGCACCAGGAGAGAGAGGGAGAGAGAGAGAGAGAGAGAGAGAGAGAGGAGGAGAAGGAGAGAGGAGGCUCAGAUCAGUCAGUGGCUUCAUGGAGUUAUGUUCCUCUGAUCCGCCGCCAUGGAUUGCAAUCCGCGAUCUCUCCUUUUCUUUUUUCCUCUUUUAUUCUCCUGCGUUCUUCCUGCGUUCCCCGUCAUCUACCCUCCGAACGAAGUGAACCUGUUAGACUCUAAAGCGAGCCAAGGAGAGUUGGGAUGGAUCUCCUACCCGUCUCAUGGGUGGGAGGAGAUCAGCGGCGUGGACGAGCACUACACCCCCAUCAGGACCUUCCAGGUCUGCAACGUGAUGGAGUACAGCCAGAACAACUGGCUCCGCACCAACUGGAUCCCCCGCCAGUCGGCCCAGAAGGUCUACGUGGAGCUGAAGUUCACCCUGAGGGACUGUAACUCCAUCCCGCUGGUGCUGGGAACCUGCAAGGAGACCUUCAACCUGCUCUACCUGGAGACGGACGACGACCAGGGCAGCCACUUCAGGGAGCACCAGUUCACCAAGAUCGACACCAUCGCCGCCGACGAGAGCUUCACCCAGAUGGACCUGGGGGACCGGAUCCUGAAGCUGAACACGGAGGUGCGGGAGGUGGGGCCCAUGAGCAGGAAGGGCUUCUACCUGGCCUUCCAGGACGUGGGCGCCUGCGUGGCUUUGGUCUCCGUCAGGGUUUAUUUCAAGAAGUGUCCCCGCACCGUCAGGAACCUGGCCUCCUUCCCCGACACGGUGCCCAUGGACUCCCAGUCGCUGGUGGAGGUGAAGGGCUCAUGUGUCAAUCACUCCAAGGAGGAGGAGCCUCCCAGAAUGUACUGCAGCACGGAGGGGGAGUGGCUGGUCCCCAUAGGGAAGUGUCUCUGUAACCCGGGAUACGAGGAGCGGAGCAACACCUGCCAAAUGUGCAGAGCCGGUUUCUACAAGUCCUCGCUGGGAAAUCUGGAGUGUUCCAAGUGUCCUCCCCACAGCGUCUCCCACCACGAGGGCUCGCUGCACUGUGGCUGUGAGAAGAACUACUUCAGAGCCGAGGGAGACCCUGCUGCCAUGGCCUGCACCCGACCUCCUUCGGUCCCCAGAAACGUGAUCUCCUCCAUCAAUGAGACCUCCGUCAUCCUGGAGUGGAGCUGGCCGGAGGACGCCGGCGGCCGCAGGGACCUGACCUUCAACGUGCUCUGCAAGCGUUGCCGUGGCAACGGGGCCGCCAACGGCAGCAACGGCGGCAACGCCGGCGGCAACCUGCGCUGCGAGCCGUGCCGCAGCAACGUCCACUUCCUGCCGCGCGCCACCGGCCUCCACAACACCACGGUGACGGUGGGAGACCUGCUGGCUCACACCAACUACACCUUCGAGAUCGAGGCGCUCAACGGCGUCUCAGCCAUGGCGCCCAAGAUGAGGCAGUACGCCGCCGUCACCAUCACCACCAACCAGGCUGCUCCGUCUCCAGUCACAGUGAUCAGGAAGGAGAAGACGUCUCGUAACAGCGUCUCGUUGUCAUGGCAACAGCCAGAACGACCCAACGGCAUCAUCCUGGACUACGAGAUCAAAUACUACGAGAAGGAGGAGCAGGAGACCAGCUACACCAUCCUGCGUGCUCGCGGCUGUAACGUGAGUCUGAGCGGUCUGAAGGCCAACACCGCCUACCUGCUGCAGAUCAGAGCGCGCACCGCCGCCGGAUACGGCGCCAGCAGCCCCAGCUUCCUGUUCGAGACCAGCCCCGACUCGGCCUUCUCCAUCUCCAGUGAGAGCAGCCAGGUGGUUCUGAUCGCCAUCUCCGCCGCCGUCGCCAUCAUCCUGCUCACCGUGCUGCUCUACGUCCUCAUCGGCAGGUUUUGUUGCCGCAGCAGAUCCAAACAUCCUGAUGAGAAAAGACUUCACUUUGGCAACGGACACCUGCGUCUCCCGGGGAUCAGGACCUAUGUGGACCCUCAUACCUACGAGGACCCGAGUCAGGCCGUGCACGAGUUUGCCAAGGAGCUGGACGCGUCGUGCAUCGCCAUCGAUAAAGUGGUGGGAGCAGGUGAGUUUGGCGAGGUGUGCAGCGGUCGCCUGAAGCUCCCCAGUAAGAAGGAGAUCUGUGUGGCCAUCAAGACUCUGAAGGGAGGAUACACGGACAAGCAGAGGCGGGACUUCCUGGCCGAGGCGUCAAUCAUGGGACAGUUUGACCACCCCAACAUCAUCAGGCUGGAGGGCGUGGUGACGCGCAGUAAACCCGUCAUGAUUGUCACAGAAUACAUGGAGAACGGAUCACUGGACAGUUUCCUCAGGAAGCAUGACGCCCAGUUUACGGGCAUCCAGCUGGUGGGGAUGCUGCGAGGCAUCGCGUCGGGCAUGAAGUACCUGUCAGACAUGGGCUACGUCCACCGGGACCUGGCCGCCAGGAACAUCCUGGUCAACAGCAACCUGGUGUGUAAAGUGUCCGACUUCGGCCUGUCCCGAGUCCUGGAGGACGACCCGGAGGCUGCCUACACCACCAGGGGAGGGAAGAUCCCGAUCCGGUGGACGGCUCCGGAGGCCAUCGCCUACAGGAAGUUCACGUCUUCCAGCGACGCCUGGAGCUACGGCAUCGUGCUGUGGGAAGUGAUGUCAUACGGGGAGCGGCCGUACUGGGAGAUGUCCAAUCAGGACGUGAUCAAGGCAGUGGAUGAAGGCUACCGCCUCCCCCCCCCCAUGGACUGCCCCGCCACCCUCUACCAGCUGAUGUUGGACUGCUGGCAGAAAGAGAGGAACAACCGGCCCAAGUUUGAACAGAUCGUCAGCAUCCUGGACAAACUGAUCCGUAACCCCGGCAGCCUCAAGAUCACCGCCAACACCACGUCCAGGCCGGCCAACCUGCUGUUGGACAGGAGCAGCUCGGAGGUCCCCACUAUGGGGACUCUGGGAGACUGGAUGGACGGUAUGAGGACCUUACCCUGCAAAGAGGCCUUCUCCGGGGUCAGCUACAGCUCCUGUGACACGCUGGCCAAGACCUCCACCGAGGAUCUGAAGAAGGUUGGAGUGACUAUCGUCGGACCGCAGAAGAAGAUCGUGAGCAGCCUCAAAGCCCUAGAUUCCCACACCAAGAACGGCCCAGUACCUGUCUAAGAAAUGAACCCAACGAGUAAAAAAACCACCAGGGACGUGUCUGCUGGUGUGGUCGCUAAACACAGUCUAACACCGUGGCUUCAUAUGUGAACUGGAAAUGAUGGAAAUGGAGGAAAAAUCUGAUUUUGAAAUGAGGGCUUUUAUUGUUUUUCGUUGAAAGACGAUAUCAAGUCCUGAAACAGAGAAACAGGAAGUGCAGACCUGCCAGAUCGUUACCUGGCGGACUCUUCCACCCUCCGUCCCUCCAUGCCCAAGUUGAGAUGCCUUACAGACAAAAAGGAGGGUAGAGGAAAGCCAAGGAGCUGCCCAGGGAUACAAACUGGGACGGUUUACUGGGAUUCAGAGCACGGACUGGACUAACAUGAAGCCAGAGCUCUCUGAUAUUGGCUAAAGCUGGACAGCACAGCCGUCCCUUUACAUUUGAAAAAGGGGGAAUGGCGUGCUCACAGUCUCGUCCCACUGCACCACGUGGAAUGAGGCGGUGAAACGGCUUUGAGACGCCUUUUUGAGAAGAAGAAGAAGAAGAAGAAGAGCAUGGCGGACAGCAGCAGCUCACCUGGACGUGGACCCUUCCUGGACUAAAUGAGGUCUGAGGCGUGAGAUUUAGUUCUAACUACCUACAUUUACCGUCUCUAUCCAUGAGAGAACUGAGCUGGUAUGGAUCACCUAACCAACCGAGCCAUUUUACUCCGUAGCUCUAACCUAUAGCAUUUGCAUUCAGUAGACAUGUCACAUAAAAGCAAUAAUUAUGAUAAUCAGUUUAAUCGUCUCAUUGUAUGGAAGCCAUGAGUCCGUCUGUUGUCACAUGUACCAUGUAUUGAAGGAACGCUGUGCUUUGGAGGUCCAGGGGCCAUAACACACUUCACACACAGACUUCUUUUCUUUAUGGUGACAUCUAUAUGUUCUAUGUGCUUAUGAACAGAUAUUGUACAGUUAUAGUGCCGUUUCCCUCGACCCCAACGCCCCUUUGUGUGAAAUCUCAGGAUGUAUACGUUAUUCGUUCUAUUUUCUCUGACGAGGGGAAACAGACAGAGGGAAUAAUGGAGCAGAGCCAGGAAGAGAGCAGGUUAAAGAAGAUAGAAAAGGGGGAAACUGUAAGAGAGACAUUUAUAUGAGGGAGAAGGAGAAUUUUAAUAGGAUGAAGCAGCCUCUGCUUCUCACAGGACUGUUGUGUUGCGGAAGUGUUUGAAACUAGAAGUGAAUUUAAGUUUCAGGUAAGACAGGUUAGCAUCUU